GAGGGAGAGUGUCUGUUCCCAUCUCCUAGCCCAGGGGCACUGGCAGCACCAGGCAAACCUCUGGGAUCUGUAAUGAAAGGUGGAAUAGCAUGGACAGGAAUCUAAGACUGAGCAGAGUCAUUGUGUACAAAGAGAUGUAAACCUCCUUUGCAAGAAGCUCCUUUGCUGCAAAGCCAUCUCUCUGAGCAGUGCCUUCCCGACCAUAAUGCUUUGGUGCUUCCUAUUGAUACUUCACUAUUUGGGGAAUUCAAACGCUCAAGUCAAUCCUGGUCUGUGCCGCUAUGCAUUGGGAAUGCAGGAUGGCAAGAUCCGAGAUGAAGACAUCACCGCCUCCAGCGAAUGUCACGGGUCAACUGCGGCCCAUUUUGCCAGACUGGAAGAGGAGCGAGGGGACGGAGCCUGGUGUCCAGUCGUUAUGCUGUACCCAGACAGCACUGAGUACCUGCAGAUUGACCUCCACUCCCUCACUUUUAUCACCCUGUUUGGCACACAGGGGCGGCACGCCUUUGGCAAUGGCAACGAAUUUGCUCGUGCUUACGAACUGACAUACAGCCGGGAUGGAAUUCGCUGGAUCUCCUGGAAGGAUCGUUGGGGGCAGCGGGUUAUCCCCGGAAAUGUCAAUACCUACGACAUUGUUCUCAAGGACCUGCGGCCUCCUAUCAUUGCUCGCUACGUGCGAGUGAUCCCGGUGACGGAGCAGCCUGCCAGCGUGUGUAUGAGGGUCGAGCUCUAUGGCUGUGCCUGGACUGAUGGUCUCUCUUCGUAUCGUGGGCCCGUGGGACAAACUAUUUGGAAACCAGGGUCAGCCAUCGUCUACCUCAACGAUUCCACGUAUGAUGGUUUCCAGGAAUCCAGGAACAUCUAUGGCGGCCUGGGUCAGCUGACCGAUGGGGUGCUGGGGCUGGACAACUUCGCUCAGAGCCACGAGUAUCGAGUGUGGCCAGGCUACGACUAUGUGGGUUGGUGCAAGGACAACUUCCACAACCAAUACGUGGAGUUGGAAUUUGAGUUCGACCAGCGUAGGAACUUCUCAGCCAUGAAGGUUCACUGCAACAACCUGUACACCAAGUCAGUGAAGAUCUUCCACCGUGUUGAGUGUUUCUUCAAACAGCAGCUGGUGGCAAACUGGGAGCGUGACACUGUGGGGGUGACCACAGUGAUGGACGACAAGAACCCGAGUGUUCGCUUUGUCAUUGUGCCCCUGGGGCAACGCCUGGCCAAGGCAAUCCUUUGUCGCUUCCACUUUGCUGAUCGUUGGAUGCUGUUCAGUGAGAUUUCCUUCCAGUCAUCGAUUGCAGACAUUGGAGAUACCAAUCCUUUGGUGGAACACUCUCAGCCUCACCGGAGGGAAGACUGCUCGCAAGUGCCAACAAGUCCCAAGUUGGACAUAGCCCAAGGGUUGGGGGUUGAGCUGAGAACCAACUCUCUCCCCACACAGACGGCGAAGGGAUCUCUAAGUCCUGCUGUCACAAGCACUCCUAGUGGUUUGAUGACGCUGGGCCUUGACAGUUCGCCCUCCCCCACUAUCAUCAGGAUGAACAAGUCCGAGGACAGCAAGACGUCCACCUUGAUCGGUUGUUUGGUGACUAUCAUCCUCCUCCUCCUCAUCAUCAUCAUUAUCAUCCUGUGGAAACAGCACUGGAAGAGGAUCCUGGAGAAAGCACCACGGAAAAUCCUGGAGGAGGACGUCAGUGUGCGCCUGUCCCAUUGUGACGAUGCCAUUGUCAUUAACAACCAGACUCAGAUAUUCCAGACCAAUCCCACUUACGAGAGUGUGUUUCCAUUGGAUCUGGAGUACCAGGAACCUGCCAAGCUGCUGCACAAGCUUCCAGAGCUUCCUCAGAGUGCGGAGGACUCGGUCUGCAGCGGGGACUACGCAGAACCUGACCUGACAAAAGGCGCCAGACACCAGGGUUUCCAGAGCAUGGUGUCGCACUACGCAGAGGCCGAUAUCGUCAGCCUGCAGGGCAUGACGGGCAACAACGCGUACGCAGUCCCAGCACUGGCCAUGGACUCUCUCCUCAAGAAAGAGCUCAGCGUGGGGGAAAUAUCCCGACACCAGCUGCAUUUCCGGGAGAAGCUGGGCGAGGGCCAGUUUGGUGAGGUCCACUUGUGCGAAGCUACCAGUGUGCAUGACGUCUCGCAGCCUGAUUUCCUCAACACUGGACACAGUUCAUUACUGGUGGCAGUAAAGAUGCUGAGAUCAGAUGCCACUACACAUGCCAGGAAUAAUUUCCUCAAAGAGGUGAAGAUCAUGUCGCGGCUGAAGGACCCAAACAUCAUCCGGCUCCUUGGAAUCUGUAUCCGUGACGACCCACUCUGCAUGGUCACUGAGUAUAUGGAGAACGGGGACCUGAACCAGUUCCUGUCCCAACGGGUGCUGGAGAACCACUUCACCUUGGCAAACAACCUCCCCAGUGUAAGCUACCGCUGCCUCCUGCACAUGAUGACACAGGUUGCCUCAGGCAUGAAGUACCUCUCCUCGCUUAACUUUGUGCACCGGGAUUUGGCCACACGCAACUGCCUGGUGGGGAACCACUACACUAUCAAGAUCGCCGACUUUGGCAUGAGCCGCAACCUGUACAGUGGUGACUAUUACCGUAUCCAGGGCCGCGCUGUGCUGCCCAUCCGGUGGAUGGCAUGGGAGAGCAUUCUGCUGGGAAAGUUCACCACAGCCAGUGACGUGUGGGCCUUUGGAGUCACUCUGUGGGAGAUGUUCACCUUCUGCAGGGAGCAGCCAUACUCCCAGCACUCUGACGAGCAAGUCAUCGUGAAUACCGGAGAAUUCUUCCGCAAUCAGGGCAGACAGAUUUGUCUGCAACAGCCUGUUGACUGUUCGAAUCAGAUGUUUGAUUUAAUGAUCAGCUGCUGGAGCAGAGACAUCAAGGACCGGCCGAGUUUUGAGCAGAUCCACCACUUCCUGCAGCAGCAGCUGGCCAAUGGAUCCUAGCUGUUGGAUUAUCGGCCAUUGCUUCUGCACACCAAUGGACAAUUCAUCUUCUUCGCCCACUGCCAUCUCUGGUGCAAGAAUUGGCCAAUGGUGGCUACUUGUGAUGAGCUCAUUACUUUGUGCACUUCCUGCUCGAGCCUCUCUAACAGCACAGCUUCCUGUCUGCUUCCUGUCUACUGACAAAAUGGCCAAUAACUGGCUCAAGACGGCCCCUCUCCAAGCAAGGGACGAGGCAUUAGGAAUGUACCAGGGCUGGGAUUAAUUGGCCAAGUGUCAGUACAUUGAGGAAGCUGAAACAUUUUGAGAACUUGGGAGUUUCAGGCUGGAAGUGCCUGAAGUUGGCCAAGAGACGUGCACAAGGCCAACACUUUAUCACACAAGACUACUUUUCUCUAUCAUUCCCUGUGGCAAUGACAAACACUGGUCUCCUUCUGAUGAUGUUGUCUCCUCACACUGGGGUUUGCAAGUUGUAGCUGGACGGAGAAACCUGUGGGGAACCUGGUGACGGAUGUGCCUUAGACCUAAGAAUGUAGACACUAUUCCCCAGUAACUUGUGAGGAGAUGUCCAUCAGCCUAAAGGAGAAUAUGGUGGUGCUGCGCUCACAGUUUAUUAACUUAGGACAGAUUGUACUUUAUAUGCGAUGGACUGCUGUGCAAUGAGUGGCAAGCAGUGGGAUGUCUGCGGUUGACAUGGCAUGUUGCUAAUGAUGGGCUACUUCCACAAGUGACUGAUCGACUGACACUUUGACAAAACAAUUGAUGCAUAUUGCAUCUGCACUGAUGUUGCAUUCUUUCAACGCUGGUGACUUUAAUGUGAGAGCUGUUCACAGAUCCUGGACUCCUGCAGCGGAAGCUUCGGGGGGGGGGGGGGGGGGGGGGGGGGUGGUUCAAUCUCUUUGAAAAGUUGGCGAGGGGUUGGGUUAGACUGCUUCCAUUUCACUAAGCCUUCCCCACCGGACAUCCAACAUCCUUGAAGGUGGGUGAAGUCACACACUUCUACCUUACGUCCAAGACAGCAAUCCAUACGGGGUGUGGACCCAGUGAGGAACGGGGGGCUGGGAGGAUGAGUUUUGAGACAAUUGGUGCAGUAGGUCAACCGUGUUGAUGCUGUAUGACGUUAGACCUGGCCAGAGUGCCUAUCACCAGGGCCACACUGAAAAUAAAAGGUUAGCUAUUGAAGCUUGAGAGGAGUAGGAAUGUCUUCACCCAAAGGGUAAUGGAUCUUCAGAAUUCACCUCUCCAGUGCUGCUGCUGAGGAUUAAUCAUGGGCAUAUUCAAAUAGGAGAUGGAUAAAAUCUGUGCAUUAAGAUCACUGGGGAGAUAGGUUAAUGCAGAAAGUGGCGCUGGAGUAAAAGAUUAGUCAGGAACAUAUUGAGUGUCAGAAUAGGUAAAAAGGGCCAAAUGGCCUGUUCCUGUUCUUGUUCCUGGUGCCCCACUUCAUUCAGUUAAACCCAGUGAGCAUCUUGGCACCCCAUGCUGUGCUGUUAAUUCAGGCAGAACAUCCGGCCUUUCGAACCUACUCUCUCCUUCAUCAUGGCUGACCUUCUACCUCAGUGUCAUUUUCUUGCCCCAUUUCCAAAUAUCAGCAUCGACUCAAAGAGCUGGAGCAACUCGGGAGGUCAGGCAGCAAAGGAAUUGGUAACGUUUCGGGUCAAGACCCUUCUUCAAAUCUCAGGAUUCCCUUAGUAACUAGUUGAUCUAUUCGUCUCUUAUUUUAAAUGACUGAACAUUCACUGUCCUCUGGAGGAGAAAAUUCCAAAGCCUCACCAUUCUCGGAGUGGGAAAAUGUCUCCUUAUCUCUGUCCUAAAUGGUUGCCCUUAUUCUGAGACCACUGUUCCUGGACAACUUAGACAGGAAAAGCAUCCUCCUUCAUGCAACUUGUCGAACCGUAAAAGAUUUCAAUGAGAUCAGCAAUGGUCCCAUAAAUUGAGCGGCACAAUGGCGCCAGAGACCCGGGUUUGAUCCUGACAGUGCUGUCUAUACAGAUUUUGUACUUUCUCCCUGUGACCGUGUGGGUUUUCUCCAGGUGAUCCUCCCACACUCCAAAGAAGUACAGGUUUAUAGGUUAAAUUGGUUUGAUAAAAUUGUAAAUUGUCCCUAGUGUGUAGGAUAGUGUUAGUGUAUGGGGAUCGCUGGUCAGAGCGGGUUCGAUAGGCCUAUUUCCACGCUGUAUCUCUAAACUUGAACUAAAAGGGAGGUAUCAUUGGAGCCACAGUUUGGGAAGUCACUGGCAACAGACACCACACAAGGAGAGGGAUGUUCCUGAUUCAGUGGGUGCGUGGGGAAACAAGCCACACGUGUAGAGGGCUGGCAAUGUAACCUGUCAGGAAACUUUCUACAGUACAUCUGCAGAGGUUUGUUAAGAGUAUUCGGAGACAAACCAAAUGUCUUUAAACUUCGAAGAAAGUAGCGACCCAGCGACUCAUGUUUGCAUCUGAGGAACACCGCAAUAGAUACAGGCCUCAGGCAACAUGGAGGGGAGGCCCCAUGAGUUUGAGGAAACAAGGGAGCCAACCAUGAGGGAAGUGAGAAAUCCCUUUAGUGUAGAGGGGUGCGAGUGACAGAGAUCAUAGAGGCAUCAGGGCAGCUCGGGAGAGCGGAUAGGUUUCUGGUUGUGAAGGGAAUUAAAGACUAAGGAGUCGAUGCAGGAAGGUGGCACUGAGGUCAAAAAUCGACAAUUAUAGUGCACGGCAGAGCAGAAACAAGAGGUCCAAUGGUCUCCAGCUUCUGUUUAUGUCCAUAAAGAUGGGCCAGGCAUUGGGCCGUUAUCAGUUAUACGGAGUGAGAACUUCACUGGUGAUGAAAGGCACGAGGAGUGUGAGUGUGCUGAAUGGGGAGAGAUAGGCUUUGGUUGGGGGGGGCGGGGGGUGAGAAAUGGGAGGAGUAGCAGAUCAUUCAGCCCCUCAUGUCAACUCUGCCCUUCAGUACGAUCACUAACCUCAGCACCACGUUCGGGCACUGAUGCUCAAUUCCCUUAAUAGCCCAUAGAUAGCAGUCUUGAAUAUAUUUGGUGACUGAGCAUCCACACCCUUACGUAAGGAAUUCUAAACAUACACUACCCUUUGAGUGAAAAUAGAUCUUCUCAUCUUCAUCCUGAACCAUUAAUAUCUGUUGUUGACAGCACAUUCCUGGUUCUAGCUUGGAAAAGAUCAUGCUUGCAUCCACCCUGCCAAACCCCGGAAGAAUUAUUUUAUGUUUCGGUGGGAUAAUUCUUCCAACCUCCUGACAAUAUGGAUUCUUUAACCUCUCCGCAGAGGACAAUUGCCCCCAUUCCAGGAAUCAAUUUGGUGAACUUCGGUGCACUCCUUCUAUUGCAAGUAGGUCAGGAGACCAGACCUGUACAUAGUUACUCAUGGUGCAAUUUCAGUGAGACUUCUUUACUCUUGUACUUAAAUCCUUUUGAAAUAAAGACUGACGUACAUUUUA